UUUUGGGAAACAUGGGGCUUAGCGGCUAAAGAUUCAUUAUUUGUGGAUUGGACAACCGAGUUCACUAAACUAAAUUAGCAGGAUUCGGUCAACAUACUUGAGUGGGGCCAAACAAAGCUGCUCGAGAGGCAUUCCAUCAACUUACGUGGUAGAGGAAAUGUGGUGCCUAUCUAUUUCGCAUGUCAAUUCUUGGGCCCAAUUUUAGGCACCCUUUCCUUGACCGUAAAAUGCUUCAUAAAUUGCUUGUGUUUCAUCUCUAUUACAAGCUUUAUACAAGACAAUAAAGGGAAAAUGCUUUCUAAAUUUCACAAGUACCAUCAAGUUGGGAUCCGUGAGUCUCUCCUCGAUCCCCAUUCUUUCUAAAUUUCACAUGGAUCCCAACUUUGUUGAUCUUUUGCAACAUCUCCUUUGAAUAUGUGUGUGGGGCCAUGUGCGGUAAUCACAAUCAGGUUUUCAACUGUGGUGAGAAAGGCAAAAUAGAGGAGAAUGAUCGACCUGCUGAUGCUAGGCAAAGCAUCGGACCUGAGACUCAAGAUGCGAGUGACCAGGAGGAAGAUAGAGAAGAGGAGCGUGAAGAUGAUUCUGAGCUGACAAAGCGUCUGUCCAGGCAGAGACGGCGAGCCAUUCAAGCAGCCAAUGGGGCACGGAAGAUCUCUAUGUCUAGAAAUACUUACAAAGACAAAGGUGGUAGGUCCUCUCAUAACUCUAAGAUCCAGAAGCAAUUGAGCAGCUGGUGA